UUUCCUUAUCGCAAGUUUCCGUAGAACUAUAUAUAAUCCAUAAUAAUAUUACAUGCCAAUCAGAUUCCAAAAAUGGACUUUGAAUCAGUGAAAAGAUUGCUAGAGAAAGAAGGAGGCCCAUAUGAAUCAACAGUGGAUUCUAUGCCCCAGAGAUACUUUGAACCCUUUGUAGUUCAAGGCCUCAAGGUUGACCUCAUUGAACGGGGUCGUAUUGUCUGCUCCAUGGUUGUUCCUUCUCGUCUUCUGAAUACUGGGACUUCUUUGCAUGGUGGGGCGACAGCCACGCUGGUGGACAUGGUGGGUUCAGCUGUCAUAUACACCGUGGGGUCUCCGGUGACUGGAGUUUCCGUUGAGAUCAAUGUUUCCUACCUGGAUGGUGCCUAUGUUGGUGAUGAAAUUGAGAUUGAGGCAAAGACAUUACGAGUUGGAAAGGCAAUUGCUGUUGUCAGUGUUGAGUUGAAGAACAAAAAGACAGGUAAAAUUAUUGCUCAAGGGCGUCAUACAAAGUACUUAGCUUUAUCAAGCAAGUUGUGAGGAACCCGCUCUUUCAUACCUUGUGCAAUAUUGACGGCAGAAGUCUGAAUCUCAACUUGAACAAGAAACUUUCAUGUCUAUUGAAGGCUACGUUAUAUGUUGUAUUCAUUCAGGUUCAAGAUGAAUUGAACUUUCAUGCCCCUUCCAAAAAAAAAAAAAAAUAUUCAUGCAAGACUACUACUUGGUCAUUUUAGUAUAAAUUCUUGAUUAGUAAUACUUCAAUUCCUUUCAAAAGCAACACCGCAUGAUGCUAACAAUCAAGAACUCGCUCUGCAGAUAGAUGCUUAGGUCCCCGUAUCUUCUUCGAAAGGAAAAUGCUAAAUCUUGUUUUCUUCAAUCAUGGUCUAAAUCUAAUUUCUAUAUUCAA